AUGUUAGAACGUAGAGUAUACGAAAACUAUCCCAACAUCGCUGAUUUAGCUUCGCUUAUCAGAGCCUUAGGCCGGGUUCGUACCUUGACGAAAAAACGGAAAGCGGAAAAGCGGAAGCCAAUCGGAACUCACAGUAGUAGUAGGCGGAAAGUUUUAAUUGAGAAGAAUUCUGGACACAAAGAAUCAUUUGCACGUCCGAGCGUGGUGAGCUUACGAUCUGUCAUCACGGGUCAUCAAAGACGAUCGCAAUCUAUGAAAUCGCCAUCCGUACAGAAUUUGCACAAUUCAAAUUCGUCGGAUAAAGUCACCAAAGUUACAGACGAUCGAAUGGUAUUACCGGACGAGAUGCAAUCUUCGAAAACUAGAUUCAGUUCUCGCAACAGAUCGAAAGAGACACGUUCAACUUCUUCGUCAAGGCUCAAGAGUUUUCCUGCCGAAGAGAUAAAAAAACUAGAUAAUUCGCCAAUGUUUACACCUGAGCCAAUUGCUGCUUUCAUACAGCAAGAUCCUCAAGCAAAUGGAACUUUUUAUACAAAUCCCUUCAGCAAAAAUAAUAAUGGUCAUGGUGAUGCGAUUUCUAUUCAAUUGUCGCCACAUCAACAAUCAAAAUUGCAAAAUACAUAUAGCACAAGUCAGCAACAGGUUGUCGCUAACCAUCGGGAGAUUUGUCAAACAAAUCCACAGUCUGAAAGCUUACUGACUCGACGAAUCGCAUCUCCCGAAAGACAAGCGCAUCGUCCUUUCGUGCCAAAUAUCCCCCAAGGAGCAGUAGUCUACGAUCGAUCACUUCGAAGCUCGUCUGCGAUAAUUAAUCAGCCGGUAAUUACACAAAUCCCUUCGACACUAGUCGCGAUGCCACAAAUGCAAGGAUCUUCGACUGAUUCGCACAUAGUUGUCGGCCAAAAUCCCAAUGAACCUUCAGCGCCUGACAGUCAGUGCCAGAAACAAUUGGUCAAUGAUCGAAAUGCAGUUAAUAACAGACAAAUGUUCAUGCAGCAACAAAAGCAAGCAUUAAUCGAACAAAAUACUAGUGCGCCACUAAACGAUCAGACAGCGGGUAACUGUCAAAAUCUUUAUCAUGCUCAGUUUCAUGCUCCAUUUCAACGGAAUCUACACCAGAUCAAUCAGCAAACACAGCAGAACUAUCAUCAACAAAUGUUGCCGCAAGGACUCAAUCAAAUGCAAUCAAUAUCCAAUCUGCAACAACAUAUACGCAAUAAUUCAGUAACGCACUGCGGUUAUUACAAUCAACAAUUGCCUAUCGUGCCAGUCUUUGCACAAGGAAUGACUUCUCCGCAAGACAUGAUAACGAAUCGAAUGAGAUCAAUGCAUCAUAAUUUACCCAUCCAUCAACAGAAUCUUGGAUAUCCUGUUAACUUCCAACCUACUUGGCAACAAAAUCAUAAAUGGAUACAAAUAGCGAAUCAAAAUCAACAACAUUUGCAGCCACCGUCACAAUGGCAGUAUUAUUAUCAAACACGCGAUCCAACCAAUUUCAAUCAGAAAAAUUCUGGGAGUCAAAAUCAAUCUAAUCAAUCAAUCAAUCUAUCACAGAAUCAGGCAAAUUAUAAACCUGAUCAAUCAUCCAUGGAAACUCUACGAGAAGAAAAGAAGACACUGCAAUUUACGUCUGACAUGAUUCGCGAUCAGGAAUUGUUAGUUUCUACCAUGAGGCAGCAAGGUAUACCUGAGGAAGUAAUGCGCCGUCAAUUUGCAGCGUUACUGAAUGAGCAAAAAAGACAACUAGCUUAUAUCGCGCAGUUUCAACGAAAUAUUCCGGAGGAAAUCAAGAGAACUCGACUCGUGCGAAGAAGAACAGAAAAGGACGAGAAACCGGAAUGGAUGAUGCACAUCACGCCACCGCGUAUAUCAUACAACGAUAUUGAAAGAAUGAAAGCACAACAAAAAGCUUUGAACGAACAAUAUCUGAUGAAUAAAUCCCAAGAGUUGCCUCAGCAAAUGUAUGGUCAGGUCAAUCCUUAUCAGCUAUGGCAAACAACUAAUUGGCCACAUAGAAGUGAUCAAAUAUCAUGCGGUCAUACCGCUUGUUACCCAUAUAAUCAUCAGCAAAAUGCAUCGAAUAAUGUGUGCCGUCCAUUAAAUCCAACUUUUAAAUAUGCACAAUAUCCAUACAAUAUGCGUUAUAAUCCAUAUUUUCCGCAUUCUGAGCCACAAGAAGUUUGGUCCAAGGAACAUAAUAUGAAUUCAUUAAAUCCGGUUGAUAAUCAAAAAAUUUCAAUGGAACCCGCGUACUAUUAUCAACAAAGCAUGAGAAACUUCCAGCAUGAGAAGCCUGCAGAAACUUCCAGUUUGCUCAAAAUGCGAGUAUACAAGGAAAUAAUCCGUCCUCAGAAACGCAAUAAUGGCUUGCAAGAUCUAGAUAGCAUUCAGAAGAUGCUGGAAACGAUGAAGGAUUCUAGAAGUAGGAAGGGUCUCGAAUAUCUCGCCAAUUUGACCAAAAAGAAACCUAUCGUUAAACUGAACGGUAUUCAGGGUUCCCACGAGAUUCCGGAAGACAUGCAACAGCGACCAUCGAUAGAAACCCACUUGCAAUCUCAGAAAAGAAUAUUAGCAAAUGGUUUGGAAAAUGGCAGGAAUCCAAACAAUCCACCGUUACGUAUCUUGCGACCUAAAAAAGCUGAUGAACCUUUAAUGAUAGAGUACCCGCGGCAAAAGCAAAGCACUAGAAACUAUUACAAUAUGCAGGCAGAAAAGGAAAACGGUAUGAUGGAGAUUUUGCAAAACCAAGAUGCACUUUCCCACGUACAGAAUGAAUCAAUUUCUUAUGAUCGACAGAACAAACCUAUGACAGAAGGAUGUCACAGGAACAAUAACAUAAUCCAAUACAAAGGAAAUGUCUCACCUCAUUAUCAUCAGAUGCAGCAAUACUAUCUUAAUGAACAAAACCUGCAGAGUCACAAUGGCGGUCAGGGUGACGUCGCAUGUAUGCAACGGCCGAAUGCACCCGACGCGAUGAGAAUCGAUCGCGCUGGCGGUGAUACCGGAGAGAAACCGAACACUGAAGACGCGAAAAGAAUGGGCAGUGUGCAGGCGAUGCAGGGAACGAAUGCUUACAGCCAACCGGAAAUCCACGAGACAAGGACCAUCGGAGGUAUCACGUAUCUUGCCAGGAAGCCCGAGUGUGCCCUUAACAAUCAUGUUGUUUCACCGGAUAAAUUAAUCGCGAACGGACACGUGUAA